AUGGAUGCAAUUCUGGACACUUCAAUUUUUUUGGGAAAAUUUCUAUAUUUCUUUUUAGAAUCUUUAGUUUACAAGAUAAUUCCCAAGAGAAAAAAGACUGUUGCUGGAGAAAUUGUACUUAUAACUGGAGCUGGAAGCGGACUUGGGCGACAAUUAGCCAUACAAUUUGCUGGUCUUGGAGCCAUUUUAGUUCUAUGGGACAUUAAUGAAGAAGGCAAUAGGGAAACGAGCAGACUAGUGAAGGAAAAUGGUGGUGUAAAAGUAUUUGCCUACGUGUGUGACUGUAGCGACCGGCAAGAGGUCUACAGUGUUGCUAAGCAGGUUAAAAAAGAAGUUGGUGAUGUGACCAUCCUCAUUAACAAUGCUGGAAUCGUGACAGGAAAACAAUUCCUUGAUAUUCCAGAUAAUAUGGUAGAAAAGUCAUUUCUUGUAAAUGCCUUGUCUCAUUUCUGGACUUAUAAGGCCUUCCUUCCUGCCAUGAUUACAGCUAACCAUGGUCACUUGGUAUGUAUUUCAAGUGCAGCAGGACUAUGUGGCAUUAAUAGACUGUCAGAUUAUUCUGCAACUAAGUUCGCAGCCUGUGGUACUGCAGAAUCUCUCUUCUUUGAACUAAGUUUGCAAAGGAAAAGUGAAGUUAAAACUACCAUCAUUUGCCCAUAUCUCAUAAAAACGACAAUGUUUGAAGGUUGUGAAACCAAGUACCCAUUUCUAUUACCUAUAUUGGAUGUGAAAUUUGUGGCCCAAAAGAUCGUAAAUGCUAUUUUAGAGGAAGAACUUUACGUAACAUUUCCCAAAUAUUUAUAUGUUCUACAGAGCAUGAAACUAUUGCUAUCUACAAAAAUGUUUCUUGCCCUUGCACUGUACCUUGGAGUAGACACAUGCACUGCUGCAUUAGAAGAGAGAAAGACAGCAGAGGAAAUUCAUACUGAAACAGAGGAAAUACCAAAAGCUCAAUCCUCAAGUGUGGUGAUGCAAUAA